CCUCCUUGCGCUCCGCGUUGUCGGACUGUCCGCAAUGACGACAACUUGAAACUAAAAUAAACAGGCGCACAUUCUUUUUUGUUUGUUAUUAUUGUUAUUAUUAUUUUUGUAUUAUUAUUUCAAAUAAUUUCUCAAUGAAAGAGGGUCGCUCUGGAUUCGAGCGCGCCCACGAGGAAUAACGAGGGGAAUUUCGUGGCGCUCACCCGCUCCGCAGAUUUUGACCAAAGUGUUCAAUUGCCGGCAAAGUGACCAUGUACGUGCACGGUUUGAUACGAGCUAGCCUUGGAUUUGUUGGCUUCUGCUUAGUCGCCUUUGUCCAACAGUCCGCAUCAGGAAGUAAAACCAGCCAAGAUGUGGACGAGUGCGCAGAGGCCCUUGACAAUUGCAGCAUCGAUGCCAUUUGCCAGAACACACUGAAAUCCUAUAAAUGUAUCUGCAAGUCUGGCUACAAAGGGGAUGGGAAGCAUUGUGAAGAUGUCGAUGAGUGUGCGACCGAAUACAACGGUGGCUGUGUCCAUGAGUGCAUCAACAUCCCAGGAAAUUACAGGUGCACAUGCUAUGAUGGCUUCCGCUUGGCACAUGAUGGGCACAAUUGUCUAGAUGUAGACGAGUGUUCAGAAGGGAACGGCGGAUGCCAGCAGAUCUGUGUCAACAUGAUGGGCAGCUACGAAUGUCGCUGCAGGGAAGGAUUCCUCCUGAGUGACAAUCAGCAUACCUGCAUCCAAAGGCCAAAAGUACGACCGGAAGGAACAAAGGACGGACCCAGCUGCAUGGACAAGAAUCAUGGCUGCGCACACAUCUGCAGGGAAACACAGAAGGGUGGCAUCUCCUGCGAAUGUCGACCUGGAUUCCAGCUCACCCGUAACACGAAGGAUUGCAAAUUGACAUGUAACUAUGGGAAUGGUGGUUGCCAGCACAUCUGUGAAGAAACGGACCAUGGCCCCAAGUGCUCGUGCCAUAUAAAGUUUGUCCUACACACUGAUGGGAAGACUUGUGUUGGCGUGGGUGUGCGUGUGCAUGCAGGGGAGAGGAGUGUCCAGUCCCAGGCAGCCCCACAGCUGUUCCCUAAUGAGACCUGUGCUGUCAACAAUGGUGGCUGUGAUAGCACAUGUCACGAUUCAGUGACGGGAGUUCGCUGCAGCUGUCCUGUUGGAUUCACGCUGCAGCCAGACCGCAAGACCUGCAAAGACAUUGAUGAGUGCCGUCUUAACAACGGGGGUUGUGACCACGUGUGUCGGAACACAGUAGGCAGCUUUGAGUGCAGCUGCAAGAAAGGCUACAAGCUGCUGACCAAUGAGCGGACAUGUCAAGACAUUGACGAGUGCUCCUUUGACCGGGCCUGUGACCAUUUCUGUGUCAACUCUGCUGGAAGUUUCCAGUGCCUUUGUCAUAAGGGCUAUGUCCUCUAUGGCCUGGCGCACUGCGGAGAUAUUGAUGAAUGCAGUAUAAACCGAGGAGGUUGUAAAUAUGGCUGCAUUAACACUCUGGGGAGUUAUGAGUGUACCUGCCCACCUGGAUACAAACUGCACUGGAACAGAAAGGACUGUAUUGAAUUGGUGAAAUGUCCUCCAGGCCUUGUCGCCCCUAAGGCUACUCUCACCUGUAGCAAAACGGGCAAGAAAGAGAGCUGCUCGCUCACUUGUGCCUCCAAGGCACACUACCUGGCAGAGUCUGACAACAGUUACUCGGUUAGCUGCGGCAUCCCUAUCGUCCGAGGGAAGACCCCCAUCAGGCUCAACUCCAGUAGCAGCCAAAGCUGCAUAGAGACUUUGGCGCCUCCAGUGAAGCAGACGGCAUCUUUCAAGAUUAAAAACGCCAAAUGCCACCUGCACCCUAAAUUGACUGGCAGGACAGAAGACCGGGGACGGACCCUUGGACCAGGUGGUGGUCAGCCCUGUAGUAACUGCUUAGUGACAUUUGUCAAUCUCAAAUGUGACUCAUCCAAGAAAGCAAAAGGGCGGCGUGCUCGCAACCCUACUAACAAAGAGGUAACUCGCAUUACUUUGGAGUUGGAAGCAGAAGUCAAAGCUGGAGACACGACAGGAAGUUGUAACCUCAGCUGCCUUAGACAACGUAUGGAGAAACAAGUAAAGACCUACAUCAAGGCUCUGAAGAAGUCCAUUAAUCAAGAACGCUUCCUGAUCCGAGUCGCUGGUUUGGAAUACGAGGUCGCCCAAAAACUUCCCCAGGCUGUGCCCAUUCAAGAGAACUGCAGUCCAGGCUCUGAAAAGGACAGUGGGCGAUGCGUCAGGUGUUUGCCAGGCUCAUACUACCACGGUGAGCAAGAGCGUUGUGUCCAGUGUCCGCCUGGAACUUUCCAAGAGAGGGAGGGGCAGCUGGCAUGCGACCUGUGUCCGGGCAGUGACGGGCACGGGCCUGUUGGAGCCCGAAACAUUUCAUCGUGCGCAGGUCAAUGUCCCACUGGGUUUUUCUCAGGCGACGGUUUCAAACCUUGCCAGCCGUGCCCACAGGGCACAUACCAACCUGAUUUGGGUCGGACAUUGUGCUUCCCUUGCGGGGGCGGACUGAGCACCAAGCGUGAGGGUGCCAGCUCCUUCCACGAUUGCGAGGUCAAAGUGCAGUGUUCCCCAGGUCAUUACUACAACACCACAGUGCACAGGUGUAUCCGCUGCCCAGUUGGAACCUAUCAGACAGAGUUUAGGCAGAACUACUGUAUUUCAUGCCCUGGAAAUACCACCACAGAUUUUGAUGGUGCCACUAGUGUCUCUCAGUGCAAGAACAGGCAUUGCGGCGGAGAAAUGGGUGAGUACAUGGGCUACAUCGAGUCCCCUAACUACCCUGGCAAUUACCCGGCAAAUGUGGAGUGCAUUUGGAACAUCAACCCGCCCAGCAAACGCAAGAUUCUCAUCGUGGUGCCGGAGAUCUUCCUGCCCUCAGAGGACGAAUGCGGAGAUGUUUUGGUGAUGAGGAAGAACUGGUCAGCUACAUCUAUCACCACCUAUGAAACAUGUCAGACGUAUGAGCGGCCCAUCGCAUUUACGGCGCGCUCCAGGCGCCUCUGGAUUAACUUCAAAUCCAAUGAGGCCAACAGUGCCAGGGGCUUUCAGAUUCCUUAUGUGACUUAUGAUGAGGACUAUGAACAGCUGGUUGAGGACAUUGUACGGGAUGGAAGACUUUACGCUUCUGAAAACCAUCAAGAAAUUCUCAAGGAUAAAAAACUGAUAAAGACUCUUUUUGAUGUUCUGGCUCACCCAAACAACUACUUCAAGUACACCACUAGGGAGUCCAACGAGAUGCUCCCCCGAUCCUUCAUUCGCCUCAUAAGUAGCAAAGUCUCUGCUUUUCUGCGACCAUACAAGUAAACCAUCAUCGUUAAUUAAGUAAACGCCCCCGUCCCCCUUACAGGCUACAUCCCGCAACUCAUAAAGGACUUUGACACACAAAAAUAUACACUUUUAUUUUAUUUUAUUUUUUUAAUCCUCUUUUGAUUUCCAUCGACAAACCUGCAAAAUACUGAAUAUUUGUUUAGCUGUUUGUCAGUUUUUAGUCCCAGGUCCACAGUCCGGAGCGUAAGCGUUUAGUGGGGAUGUAGAUUAUGUGAGUGGGUUUGGUUUCGAUUGUGUCGCGCAACGAGACCAUUAAAACGGAUAGAAACGGCUAUUUGAGACAGUAGGAGUGAUGUUGUGUUAGAGCUUGUUGUUGUAUUUGCUUAAAUGACUGGUGUGUAUUCCAGCUCUGACUGCGACUAUUAAGUAUGGAUGUUUGUAAGUGAUGUGCAAGUGUUGUAUAACCCUGGUUCCAUCGUAUGUGUGCGUGUACGGGCACUGUUCAGGAUGCUUGCUUGUGUACGCGUCCUCGAGGAGGAGCAAUUGCUAACUAAUUCGUGUCGCAGCUGUGUUCCAGCUCAUUUAAAGCCUUACUAUGUUUGAGCUCUUAGAGCAGUUUUACUGUUAAAACAGUUCAUCUGUGCUGUCUAGACUGCACCAGCCUUUUCCAACCCGCCCGACAUUUCUGUUGCUCUUUUUCUCCCUUUUAUUUUUUUGUUCCAUUUUUUUUCUCCAAGGCAACUUUAAAGCAAAUACAUAAAAAAGGUGGUGAAUUAUUCCAGGAACAUAGAGGACAUUUUUGAAAGAUGAAUAAGAAACUAAUAAGCGGGUAAGCCACAGGAAUGAGAUGAUGUGGAAUGUGUCUGGGUGAGGGAUCGAGAGUUGAAUGUCUUUGAGGACAUGACGUUUGCUGCUUCUUGUAAAAGGUCACUUUAAUUUUUCAAUCUCAUCUUGUCUUUCUCAUGUACUCUACUCAUAAUUAGUGUAAAAAGUUUGAAGUGAAAAGGAAGCAGAGAAUUUCAAGUACUUAAGUUUUGACAUCACGGCAGGUCGUUCGUUCUGCGUGUGGAGCAGGUCUAUCGUGUUUUGACCUGUAAAUGUUGAAAAUAAGGAAGACAAGGGUUGGAUUCGAUGAAACCGACUGCUAGAAUCACACUUGUACCUCCCCUCGAUGCCCCCCACUAAAUGUCGUGCUCGUAUCAAAUCCAAAGACAUCUAACUUCCCAUCUCAUGUUCGGUCUGCCCCAGUAAAGACAGCUCUUCCAAAGAGGGCCCAUUGUUUUGUGCACUAGAUCUAGAGCCCAUCCUUCUACCUUUUAUAGUCCAAUGAAGUGCAAUGAACAAAAAUACCAUACCUUGGAUUUGGUUAUAGUGACCCAAAAUGAUCUUUUGGAAAGCAACACUGUCGACCCCGUGUGUGACAUGUUGUGAGCAUAACUUUUGUGUCUUUUACAAAGAGAGUCAAAGAUUUCAUUAAAUAUAACAGUUUUCAAAAAUAUUGUGAUAUAAAAAAAAUGACAGCAACAGGGUAUAAUAAUUUAACUUUUUAAAAAAAGAACAUUUCUAGCGAAAGGAGAUGAUCUAUUGUUGAGGGAAAAGGCUUAUAUCAAAAUGUUGAUAAGCCAAGUGUCCCCUAUGGCUAGCACUUGGCUAGCUUGUCAAGACUGGAAAUUGUCUUCUAAACAGUUGGUCUGGUUUAGAAAAACGCAGAGCCCUAUUUUCGUAGACUGGGGUCUAAAACGAGUAUUUUUGUGCCAGAACAGUGAGUGCGAAGAUUUUUUGGAAUUUCGUAAGCCAGUCUGUGUCAAGGAAGGUGUAACAAAGCAAGGGUGUGUUCUUGCGGGAACGUCCGGUGGAUGUGACAAUUUUGUGGGCGAAAGGUGCACUUUUAGUGUGCUGCCAAAGAAGGAGGCUAAGUUUCAGCGCAAGGCAGAUUCAUAACUCUGCUGACAUGUGAACUGAAUGUCAGCGUUUUGCAAUGGUUACGACGUGAAUAGCGUGCAUCGAACCCUGACAAAUUAAAGUGUGAAUCGAUUAAUUUAAUGAUGUCCUUGAUGUUGUAUGAUUGUUAUAAUCUUUAAUGCAUUUCUAAAAUCAACCUGCUAGCUAGCACUGCGCAGAUCUCUCCGGCCGAAUUAACGUAAUCUGCCAGGAAGGUCUGCUCGUGCUUCCCCUUACAUCAACAGGUGUCAACCUUCGACUGAGUAAACUGUUGUCAGGUAGAUCAGCACCAACAAAUGCACUGGGAUUUAAAGGGAUUGUAAAUAUACCUGCUGGUUGUUGCAAAAAUGUUGAGUUGUGCACGCCUUUAAGCAAUUCAUCUAGCCCACUGCGCACAAAAUGACCAAAAACUGGUCUAAAACACAACUUCGCUUGACACAAACUCGUGUUAGUCUAGAUUUAAACAGCGUACGAAAACAGGGCUCACAAUGUUAAUUGUAGGGAAUUCAUUUGGCCGGGAGGCCCUUUAGAAAUUGAUCAAAUGUAUUUCAUCAAUAAUCAAAAGUCAUUUCGGAAAGGAAAUACAGGUAGUCCCUGGGUUACGAACGAGUUGCGCUCCUACGCUGACGGCGUAGCCCGAAUUGACUCUUUAAGCACUCCUAAACACCCCCUAAAUCUCAAAAUAACGAUCCAAAAACAUGUAUUAUACGAAAUUGUACUGUCCUUGCCAAGACGUUGGAGCUAAGUCCUACCUAGACAGCACGCUAAGCUGCGAAAUGAUGAUGUCAGACGUCCAUGUGGUUUGCUGACUUAAUUCAGCUGCUCAUGACAUCAACACUUGCAGAAUGAAACUAAAAUAAAAAUGAAACUAAAUCAGUUUCAUCUUCUAGCUGCUAGCUGAUACAGCAAUAGCAAUCCACACAAACGAUUAGCAUCAGAACAUCAUCAAAAACAAUCAUAUAAACUUGUAUUUGACCACGAUUGAAAACGCACAAUAAAUAGUACAAAAGGUGUUAUAUACAGGUGUUGCCUGUCUGGACGCUUCACAAGCAACAAAUGUGCGCGCGAGCUUCCAGCUGUCAUCUUUGCCUGCUCUCUCUCACUAAAGAAAACAAACAAAACAAAAAAAACACUGGAGACACAAUAGCGGACGAAACUAAAGCGUGGCGUCAAAAUCACUUCAGUCAGGUACGUCGCAACCCGGGGGACCACCUGUACAAGUCAGACUCUCUGAUGUUUGAUUCAAUUCCAAUUUAGAAAGGGUUUAAGUGUAGGAUUGUUAUAAAAUUCACCUACUGCUACCAAUAAUUUUAUUACAUAUUCAAAGUUGAUGUUGAUGCCAAACCAUGUCACAAAAUGUUUGAGAUUCUUACUGCAUUUCCAACUGUACCUAUAGAGUUAUUGUGAAAACAUGGCAAAAUGUCCCCUUCCCACCAUAAUCAGCUUCUUUCCUGCGACCUGACAGAUUUCCUUUUUUAUUUCUUGGUUGAGAUUGUUGCCUUUUAAAAGAGAGUUUGCUAUGAUGUAUCAUAGAGUUGAUCAUGAUAUUUGCACUUGAAUUGUUAUUGCUCAUGUAAAUGUCUGGAUUUUGUAUUGUCUUUUUAAAUGAAUGGAAUUGGUGUUCUUGUUUUCUUGUAACUUGUUUGUUCAUGAACACUCACUAGCAGUUUCGCCAAUUGAUGAUGAUACACAUGAUGCUAUUGACAGUAAAGAUGAAAAAACUAUGUAUAGAGGUGAACACAACAAGUUUGUACUCAUUCUUGCCCAAAAACACCUAUUGAAAUAAACAUUCUGUACGUCGGCUUCA